AUGUAUGGGCGCUACACGCAGGACUUGGGCACCUUUGCCAAGGCUCGGCUGCGGCUGAAGCAGGAGGAGGGGGAGGGGGGCAUCCCCCAGCCACGCCGCCCCUCCGAGCUACUGGAAUACACCCAGGGCCGCUGUGCCCCCUGCCGCGUCUGCGCCUUGCAAUGCCAGCGGUUCCUCAUCUCCAAGGUGGGCGAGGACUGGGUCUUCCUCAUCCUCCUGGGGCUGGUCAUGGCGCUGGUCAGCUGGGCCAUGGACUUUGCCAUUGCCACCUGCCUCCAAGCCCAGAAGUGGAUGUACGGGGGCCUGGACACCAACAUGCUGCUGCAGUACCUGGCCUGGGUCACCUACCCCACCGUGCUCAUCACCUUCUCGGCUGGCUUCACCCAGAUCCUCGCCCCCCAGGCCGUGGGCUCGGGGAUUCCUGAGAUGAAGACCAUCCUGCGGGGCGUUGUGCUGAAGGAGUACCUCACCUUCAAGACCUUCGUGGCCAAGGUGAUCGGGCUUACAUGUGCCCUGGGCAGCGGCAUGCCCCUGGGCAAGGAGGGUCCCUUCGUCCACAUCGCCAGCAUCAGCCGCUUUCUCUCCCUCUUUGGGGGCAUCUACAAGAAUGAGGCAAGGAACAUAGAAAUGCUGGCGGCCGCCUGCGCCGUUGGUGUUGGCUGCUGCUUCGCUGCCCCCAUUGGAGGUGUCCUCUUCAGCAUCGAGGUCACCUACACCUUCUUGCGCGGCUUCUUCGCUGCCACCUUCAGCGCCUUCAUCUUCCGUGUCCUCGCCGUCUGGAACAAGGACGAAGAGACAAUCACGGCACUAUUCAAGACCCGCUUCCGCCUCGACUUCCCCUUCGACCUGCAGGAGCUGCCUGCCUUCGCUGUCAUCGGGAUCGCCAGCGGCUUCGGGGGUGCGCUCUUCGUCUACCUCAACCGCAAGAUCGUGCAGUUCAUGCGCCGCCAGAAGACCAUCAACCGCUUCCUCAUGAAGAAGCGCCUGCUCUUCCCUGCCUUGGUGACGCUGCUCAUCUCCACGCUGACCUUCCCACCCGGCUUUGGACAGUUCAUGGCCGGCCAG